AUGGUAGUUGCUGUCGCAAAUGUUGGGUCUGGGGAAGAUGAAUUAUCUUAUGGUCCUGCUGGUACUUCUUCCGAAAAUUGUCAUCUGAUCAGAAGAUAAUGACUCUGAAUAUUGCCCGGGCGAAGUCUUCUAACUUUGGAUAGGUUACAAAGGGUUGAUUAAAGAGCCAUACAUUCUGUCAUUGGCAUUAUUUGCAUCCAUCGGUGGUGUACUAUUUGGGUGGGUGUUUCUUCUAAUCUUUUGAUAUGACUGAUUGUUAAUAAUAUCGUGAAGUUAUGACCAAGGGGUCAUUUCUGGAGUUCUCAUCAUGAAUAACUUUGUAAGUGACAAGCUCUCUGUCCCCCAAAUCAACUCCGUGCCCGCCCCUAAUGUUUCCUUCUCAGGGAAAACAUUUUCCUCUGUUGGCCAACGACCCAGAUCUCCAAGAAUGGAUGGUAGCAGUUCUCACGUUAGGAGCCAUGUUUGGUGACCUUAUCAACGGACCCAUUGCCAACCGUAUAUCUCGCCGUUGGGAUCUACUAUUAGCGAAUGUAGUCUUCCUCAUCGGCUCCAUCAUUCAAGCUGCAGCAAUGAAUAUCCCUAUGAUCUUCGUUGGCCGGUUCAUUGCUGGAUUGGCUAUUGGGCAGCUGAGCAUGGUUCUGCCACUUUAUCUGGGCGAGUUGGCGCCAUCUAAUAUCAGAGGAAGUUUGAUAGCAUUGCAGCAAUUGGGGAUAACGGUUGGCAUUGUGAUUGCCUUUUGGUAUGUCUCUUUUCUUCGUCUAUUUUCUGCGAAGAUGGAGGUUGAUGAUUUGACAGGCUAGAUUAUGGAACGCAAUACAUUGGAGGGACAGGCGACGGACAAAGUGAAGUUGUAUGGAGAUUUCCACUUGCACUUCAAUGUCUACCUUCCAUGAUUUUAGGUGCAGGAACAAUCUUCCUUCCAUAUAGCCCAAGAUGGCUGAUGAAUCAAGGCAAGAAUCGCCCGGAAGUCCAAAUAACACUUCUUCAAAACUAACAAUGCCAAGGUCGAGAAGAAGAAACAGUUUCCACUCUUCUUCGUCUCCGUCGCGUCCCUACAUCCGACCCACGCAUCCGCCUUGAGAUGCUUAACAUAAAAGCAGCCGUAAUCUUCCAACAAGAAAGCACCGAAGCUCGCUUCCCAGGCGUGACCUCACGUUUCACACUCGCCUUAAAUCAAUACAAAGAGCUCCUCCUAGUCCGCCAUCUCAACCGUCGUCUGGUUAUCGCCUACGUUCUCCAAAUCAUCCAACAAUUCACCGGCAUCAACGCAAUCAUCUACUACGCACCCCAAAUCUUCGUCGCCAUCGGCCUAACGGGGUCGUCCGUCUCCCUCCUAGCAACAGGCGUCGUGGGCGUAAUAAAUUUCUUCUCGACGAUCCCAGCAAUCAUGUUUCUCGAUCGCUGGGGAAGAAGAAAAGUGUUGAUGACCGGCGCGGUUGGGAUGGGUGUUUCUCAGCUGCUUGUCGGGACGUUGUAUGCUAUCUAUAAGGAUUCCUGGUUGGAACAUCGAGCUGCGGGCUGGACUGCUGCGGUGUUUGUGUGGAUUUAUAUUUCGAAUUUUGCUUUUAGUAUUGGGUGUGUGAAUUGGAUUAUGCCCAGUGAGAUAUUUCCGCCGGGGGUGAGGGCGAAGGCGGUUGUGGUGGCGAUUUCGACGAAUUGAUUGACUAAUGUAAGGCAUGAUAGCUGAAUCUUUUUUCGUACUUUGUUGCUUGGGUGUUUGUACUGAUAUUAUUUACAGUUCAUCGUUGCCCUUAUCACACCCAGAAUGUUGAAAUCCAUCACUUUCGGCACCUUUUACUUCUUCCUUGGUUUGUCUCCCCUAUUUUCUAUCACCCUCAUUACAUUCCAGUAUUAACGAAAACAGAGUUCUGCAUCAUCCUUCUGGUCUGGGUCUACUUCUGUGUUCCUGAAACAAAGGGUGUCUCUAUCGAAGAUAUGGAUAAAGUCUUUGGAGGAAAUCAAGGCUCUCUUGAUCUUUCUAGAAUGGCGGAUAUUAGAAAGAGGCUGGGGAUUCAUGGGGGGUAUUCCUUAAGUUGUGAUGAGUAUAAGAGUAUGGAUCAAGACUUGGAUAAAGGCGUGGAGUUUAGUCACGAGGAGAUGUAA